CCAUCUUUUUCUCAUCCAUUUUCAUUUAGUUAUCAUGGAUAUAAUAGACAUUAUUCGUCAUUCAAUUCAAUAGACAAAUUAUAAAAUCCCGCCAUAGUGGUACAACGUGUUUCUACUAAUUUAAUGUAUUCAUGUAUGGUAUGCUGUAGCUCGUGAAAUCAUCUCUCUAACCAAUAUAAAAUUCAACUACCCAAAAAACUACCACCAUCAUCAUCAUCGUCAACGUAAUCAUAUAUCGAAGUUACAGACAUACAGGCUUCGAUACAAGUUUCGUUGUUCGGUACGUAUAAAAUAUGAUCGUUGUUACAUUAAAAAACAUAUACACACAUACUCAAAACAUCAUCAUCAUUGUCGGAUAUAUGAUCCUCGACAUCUUUUUUUGAAAGAAGAAAAAGAGAGAGAGAGAAGAGAGAAAAGUUACAUGCGUGAUUCUAGCUUACUUGGUUAGUUUCUUUUGCUUUUUUUCGUUGGUUUCGGCAUUCGAUCCGUUCAGUGUUGAACCACUUGCCAAAUGUGUAUAAUAAAAUGCUACAACACCACAUGAUUAUAUUUCAAAAUCAAAUUUUUUGCUAUCCGUUCUUCGAAUGAAUGUCGCCGUCGAUGCAACAAUAUAUAUAACAUAUAUGUAAAAAAAAAAGUUUAGACAGCACCGAAUCAUCAUCAUCAUCAUCGUCGUCGUAAUGACAAUUAUAACCACCAUCAAGAAAUGAAAAACUGAACCGAAUCGUGACCAUCGUGGCAUAUACGGUAUUUCGGCCUGUUUAUCCCUCCGUUUUUUUUCCUACUUGUUCUUCUUCUUCUUCUUCUGCUGUCUUUGAAAAGAAUAUAACACGCAGGCCAUAUUAAGCUUACCAAAACAUUUAUAUAUAAUAUAUACACACAUCGACAUUAAAUACAACCACGAGUCUGAUCUCAACCAUUGCUGCUGCUGCUGCUGCUGUUGUUGUUUGGGGUAUAUCCGAUAACUAGAGCAAGUGAAUCCAUGAAUCGUUUUCUUUGAAUGACGAAACAUUAUUUUCACAUUCCGUUUCCACCCACCUUUAUAUGUUUUACAUAUAAAUAUAGAAAUUUUAUAUCGUAUAACAGAAAAACGAUCUGAUGUGAUUUUUUUGUUCGCUCUCAUUUGCCAUUAUAUAAUCAUUCGAACUCGAAUGUUUAUCAUUGGUACGAUUUUUUCUUCUUCUUUUCCAUUGAUAAUGAUGAUUUAAUCAAUGUCAUUUGAAUUCGACCGAUUUGAUUUGAAAGAUUUUUCUUCAUUAUUUCAAAUUAUUAUCUCUACUAUACAAGUGUGGUGUGCGCAAUUAUCAUCAUCAUCAUAGACGUCAUUUGAAUUCAAGUUAAAGCCAACACAUAUACAAACUAAAAUUCAUUCAUUUGGAAGCCGGCUCCGGUUGUCACAUUUUCUCACUCUCAAACCAUUAAAAAUCAUCACCAUCAAUCGUGAAUCAAUCAUCAUCAUCAUCAUCAUCAUAUUGUCAUUCAAUAGCUUUUCGAUCAUUUGGAUAUAAUAUUUCAUUUAUAAAUUUUCUAUUACAACAUUGAAAAAUAAACAAAGAAAAAUGGCAGACAAUUAUUCAAUAGUGCCACAACAGAAUCGUGAUGUUGAAAUGACAACACCAGUUAAUAAUAAAUCACCAUCAAAUGAUGAAUCGGAUGGUCAAGCUACUACAGCAGCACCGACGGCAGCAAAUGAUGAUGUUAUUUGUUUAAAACCUAAAAUGAAUCUAUUGAAUGGUAUUACUGUCAUUGUUGGUAGUAUCAUUGGUUCUGGUAUAUUUGUAUCACCAAAAGGUGUAUUAGAAAACACCGGAAGUGUUGGUUUAUCAUUGGUUGUCUGGAUUAUUAGUGGUUUAUUUUCCACAAUUGGUGCAUAUUGUUAUGCUGAAUUAGGAUGUAUGAUUACAAAAACUGGCGCCGAUUAUGCCUACAUCAUGGAAUCAUUUGGGCCAUUCGUUGCAUUUCUUCGUCUUUGGAUUGAAUGCAUGAUUGUUAGACCUUGUUCACAGGCAAUUGUUGCAUUGACAUUUUCAUUCUAUGUUUUACGUCCAAUAUUUCCUGAUUGCGAUCCACCAGCCGAUGCUGUCCGUUAUUUGGCCUGUAUUUGUAUUGGUCUGCUUACAUUUGUAAAUUGUUGGGAUGUUAAAUGGUCGACAAGAGUACAGGAUUUUUUCACAUAUGGAAAAUUAUUGGCCCUUUGUACCAUCAUUAUUACUGGCAUCGUUCAAUUAUUCAAAGGAAACGUUGAAUAUUUUACAUUUAAACAAGAUCCUUUAGUUGAAAAUGUGGAUAUAUCCACAAUAGCAUUAUCAUUUUAUUCCGGCUUGUUUGCUUACAAUGGAUGGAAUUAUUUGAAUUUUGUCAUUGAAGAAUUAAAAGAUCCUCAUAAAAAUCUUCCCCUCGCCAUCUUCAUAUCAUGUUCGCUUGUCACAAUUGUUUACACAAUGACCAUCAUUGCUUUUCAUUCAACAUUGAGCGUUGCCGAUGUUUUAUCUGCUGAAGCUGUCGCAGUUACAUUUGCCGAACGUUUAUAUGGAUGGAUGGCUUGGAUUGUUCCGGUCUUUGUCGCCAUGUCUACAUUUGGAGGUGUGAAUGGCAUUUUGUUUACUUCAUCGAGAUUAUUUUUCGCCGGUGCAGAACAAAAACAAAUGCCUGAAAUAUUGGCCAUGAUUCAAGUGAAUCAUUUGACCCCGACACCAGCUGUCAUUGGCAUGUGUUUAUUGUCAUUGAUUUAUUUAGCAUCAAAAGAUAUCUAUGCAUUGAUCAAUUAUGUUGGUUUUGCAACUUGGUUAGCCAUCGGUCUUGGUGUAGCUUGUCUUCCAUAUCUUCGAUGGAAAAGACCGGAUUUACAUCGUCCAAUUCGUGUCAAUUUAAUUUGGCCAACAAUCUAUAUAUUGGCCUCAAUAUUCAUAACCAUUGUACCGAUGAUUGCUGAUCCAAAAGGAACUCUUACUGGAGCUCUAAUCAUUUUGACUGGCGUUCCAGUAUACGUUAUAUUCAUUGCUUGGAAAAAUAAACCACGAUUCUUACAGGCAAUUUUCGAUAAUUCAACCCUAUUCCUUCAAAAAUUACUUGUUGUUGUACCAUCAGAAAAGCAAGCUAAACUUUGAUUCAAUUUUCGAAUUAAUUUCAUCAAAUCAAUUUGUUCAUCCUUGUUGUUCAAUACCCUAUACAAUAUCGUUUUCUGAUCAUUCACAAGGUUACAACAUACAAACAUUUUGUUGGCUUCAUUUGAAUGCUCUCGAGUUUUCAGUUUAUUGAAUUAAUUUAAGAAAAUUUUUUUUCAGAGCAUACGAAAUCUAUUCAAUAUUUAGAUCAUUUUCACACAUACACACACACACACAAACAAUUUUUUUUCGUUUUUAAAUUUUUUUGCCUUUUUUUAUUAAUUUUUAAAUUGAGAUAAUGUAAAUCAUUUGCUUGCAUUGAAUGG